AUGCCAGAAGUAGGCGCAGCAGCUGAUGAGAAUGGGAGCGGCAUGCCCGGAGAUCAAGUUGAGAGUAGCAUUGCAUAUUUCGGUAACGGUGGCGAUUAUGACGACUUCCCCAUAAUCGAGGAGCUUUUGCACACCAAACUACAGAAGGUGGGCUUUAGCGUGGGGAAACCAGGUAAAGAACACAUCAGAGGAGCUGUGGAAGAAUGUUUAGGGGAGGUCAGGUCUAUCGACCAAAGCACGUCAGCAUUGAGCGUCAGUGGGGAAGGAGGACGGCAGAGCUUACGCUUCCUUCUCGCCGAGAAACUGCUUUGUGAACUCACAUGUAAACUCGAUCAGGGUCCGUGGGGCCCGUCCUCUGGGUCCUGGAGCAGACUCACAGCGAUGUGGCGGUAG